GCACCAGCAAUGCCGUUCCUAGCUUGAACAUGACGAUAGAGUUCUCGUCAAAUUGUUUUUCUGUUACAACCAGGGAUGCGGCAGGGAGCUAGUGAAUCUUACCAUGCAGAUAAAACGUUCUCGGACAUGUAGUCAUCCUCAGAGUCAUCCUGAGACAUUCCUUCGCAGUCUGAGGACGAGCUGCCGUCAAGCUCGACUAACACUAGUGACGCGAGUGCAAGUAGUUUUCUACGUUUUACACGGGAUCUGUGGUUCGCGUACUCUGCCUCUGCGACGGCUGCCAUUCAUCGAGGAGAAAUGUGCUCGUUAUGGAUGGUCUAGUGGCUAGUCUUGGCUAGAGCUGGCGAAAGUCGACUGGAAGCAGCAGAGUUGUUAUCGCCAUCACGUUUCAAAAUGGCGACCUUUUUUGGCGAGGUAUUGCCGAUUCAUUCCCGUGCUGUAGACGACAACGAGGACGAGGAUGCUGAGACUCCAAGUGUAUAUUUUGAUCUAGACUCCAAAUACGACGACGUCUCUCUUCUGCCAAGUUAUAGUCUUAUAUGCGUGGCUACAGGACUAGCACCGAGCAUCUUUGUGCAGUCGUAUCUGGUGCCCACCGGCCAUGAAGUGCUUGGCACGAUCCGGCUGAAUGCCGCAAAGCACAAUCCCGACACGACGUUAGGGUUGGACUACAGUAAGAGACCAAACACGUUGGGAAAGCUCUUGCAUCACUCAGGAAAGGACGGCGUACUUUACUGCGUCUGCGACAAGGAUGUUCCGCACGAGCAUUGCGCCACCAUAGCCCGGCACUUCGUAGACCUGUCGAAGUCCAGCAGCGUUACGAGCAUUGCCUUCACUUCUUUGCCAGCGAGCGACUACAAAACUAAACGUGCUUCAGGGAAGCCGGAAUACCCUGUGCUUCGCAGGUUAAUGACUUCUGCUUGCUGUUCAGAAAAAUCUGAAGAUGGCAUUCCAUUCUUGGAGACACCGAAUACUGUACCGGGACUUUCUGCAGCUGUGCUGACAGAAUGCGAGGUUCGUGAACUCCCUGGCGUGCUGGUUGUGGGCUACGGAGAUACACCAGAACUCGACUCUAGCUGUGUGCGUGCAUACGAACCUGCAUUAAAACUUGCAUGUCUCCAAGGAUUGUCGCAGCCGGUGGAGUCCUGUCGCAGCGCUCUUUUGAGGCACGUACGAGAUGCACGUAUCGACCGCGGUAACUUAUACUUUUGAAUUUGUACUUAAAGGGAUUCUUCUUCAGCAUCAUAUUACAAGGCAUCUCAAUGCUGUAACAACUGUUGGUAUAUUAAAAUGUUUUCAGGGA